GGAGAUUCCUGCUGACUCGUUAAAAAUUACUUCAGUGUGGCUGGGCAGCACCUCAUGUCCUGAGCAACAACGCUGGGCUCCGAACCGUCGGGCUGGGGACCACCAUGUAUCCGUGGGUCCCCGUCCUCGUUCUUCCUGUGGUCUGCUGGGCAGAGUUCCAUCUUUCAGUCGAACCCAAGCAUCAGUUGCGUCUGAGAGGGGAACCAUUCGUGGCGACAUGCACUGGCCUCAGUGACAGCCUCAGGAUAAUUGUGAAUUGGGUAACUCCGCAGGGAAAGGUUCUCGAAUUGAAAGAACGUCGGGAAUAUGGGGAUAAAUUCAGACUAACCUCAGAGCUACGCAUUCUGAAUGUGAGCCAGAACGAUACUGGGAUCUACACCUGCCUGCUGAAGGGGGAAGAGUCUGGGGAAAUUGUGGAGCUGCAGUCUGUCUCCUCUCUGCAUGUUAUUGAAGAGCCUUACCUCCAAGUAUUCACGGAGCAGAAGACCGAGCUGUACGUAGACUUCGGGGCCAACUUGCAGCUGAGCGUGAUGGUUGAGUCAUACCCCGAGAUGCUGGACUAUCACUGGAUCUACCCGAGCAAUAGCAACUACACCGAUCACACAACAACCAUGACCACUGUAGAGGAGUACAGGUACAAGAGCACUUUGUCACUGGUACGUGUGAAAGAAACUGAGAGUGGCUUCUACAAGUUCUUGGCAUCCAAUCAAGAAAUGAACUCAUCUCUGACCUUCCAUGUAUUAAUCAGCAGUCACCCUGAGGCCAACCUGCUGUACAGCAGGGUGCUGUGGGUUUCUGUCUUCAUGGUGGUGUUCCUGAUAUUCAUUGUGGCCUUCCUCUUCUACAAGUACAAACAGAAACCCAAGUACGAGGUGCGCUGGAAGAUCAUCGAGGCAGUCAACGGGAAUGAUUACACCUUUAUCGACCCCACCCAGCUGCCCUACAACGAGAAGUGGGAGUUCCCCAGGGAGAAACUCCGCCUAGGGAAGGUGCUUGGUGCGGGAGCUUUUGGGAAGGUGGUGGAGGCGACGGCCUUCGGCCUGGGUCAGGAACACGAGGCCACCAAAGUGGCCGUCAAGAUGCUGAAACCCAGUGCCCACUCCACCGAGAGAGAGGCCCUGAUCUCCGAGCUGAAGAUACUGAGCCACCUGGGCCAGCACUCCAAUGUGGUCAACCUCUUGGGGGCAUGCACACUCCGAGGCCCAGUUCUCGUUAUCACCGAAUACUGUCACUACGGCGAUUUACUGAACUUCCUGAAACAGAAGGGGCGGAGCCUGGCCUACAGUGACCGUGAGAAUCAUUACAAGAACGUAUCCCAGCUGAAAGGAGGCCAGAGGUCGGGCAACUACAUGCCCAUGAGGAUGAGUGUAGGGAGCAGCAGUCCGAUCAUUUCUCAGUCUGAACACCAGGACUCCGAGGCGGACGAGGAGCAGCUGAACCUGGAGGAUCUACUGAGAUUCUCCCAUCAGGUGGCCACUGGCAUGGAGUUCCUGUCCUCCCGAAAUUGCAUCCAUCGAGACGUGGCUGCCAGGAACGUCCUGCUCUCACAGGGCCGAGUGGCCAAGAUCUGCGACUUCGGUUUGGCGAGGGACAUCAUGAACGACUCCAACUACGUGGUGAAGGGCAACGCUCGCCUGCCUGUGAAGUGGAUGGCCCCGGAGAGCAUCUUCGACUGCGUCUACACGGUGCAGAGCGACGUCUGGUCGUACGGCAUCCUCCUGUGGGAGAUCUUCUCUCUGGGUUCGAGCCCGUACCCGGGAGUUCCGGUAGACAGCACCUUCUACAAGCUGAUCAGAUCAGGUUUUCAGAUGGGACGACCAGCGACCGCCCCUCCUGAGCUCUACGACAUCAUGACCCAGUGCUGGAGAUUGGAAGCCACUGAGAGGCCGUCCUUUAGUCAGAUUGUGAGACUGAUCGGGAAGCAGAUGGUGCAGUUCUGUGAACAGGACUACACCAACCUGUCGAGAGACAAUGAUCCGGAUUCUCCUCGCUGUCACUCUCCCAUUCACAAAGGGGAUGAGGUUGGUGCAGACACCGUCCCACUCAUCAACCCCUACAACAAGAUGUGAGGCCGGGGAAGUGGGUAUUUUUCUCUCGGUGUCCGAGAGAGCUCAAAGACGGCACAAUGUCUGCAUGCUGAGUCUCUGCUUUGCCUUCUCCUAAUCAAUGCUUCAUGCUGUGACCACUGACUCAAAUAACACAGGGGUUAGAGCUGUGCUGGGGGUCUCUGGGAGGGUUAGAGCUGUGCUGGGGGUCUCUGGGAGGGUUAGAGAUGUAGUGGGGGUCUCUGGAAAGGUUAGAGACGUGCUGGGGGUCUCUGGGAGGUUUAGA